CCGCUCGUGCGCGACGCCGCAGCUGGGCCCUCGGGGUCUUUGCGAAGACCCAACCUGUCAGGCUUCUGGCUUCGUCCAUCAAGCGGAUCAAGCUUGGCGAGCCAGGCAUGCUCGUCAAGGUGAGGAUGAAUCCUGCUCGGACCUUUUGCAAUGAAAAGGUGCUAACGGGCAAUUGCCCGGCUCUGCGCCCAUGCCUUUAUCAUCAUCGGCCGUCGUUUGUCGCGUCUGUGCCGUCGGCGACAUCCAAUGCAGCGCUGCUCUUCUGCUGUCCAAGGACCGAGGGGGGCCAAUAGACUUGCGAGGUGAGGCAAUGAGGAAAGCGGCCAUGCGCGCGUCCGGCGC